AUGCCGAUUCUGAGUGAGGAGGACCUCGAGCGCUUCCGCACCAAGGUUUGCUCCAUGGCUGCGUCGAUGCGGUGCGACUUCGGAGUGGAGCGCUGCAACUACUCGCACAACGUGUACUGGGCGCGUAGGUGCCCUUUCUACCUGCGAGACUCGACGAUCCUGCGCUACAUCCCUGCGAUAUGCCCGGAUGUCGAGCUUGGCCCUGGUACGUCGAUCCUGAAGAAUACCUGCCCACGGGGGAACAACUGCGCCUUCGCACAUUCGCUGGAGGAGAUGCACUACCACCCGCUGGUGUACAAAACCGAGAUUUGCGACGCCUACAGGGAGGGAAACUGCAGGACGUACUACUGCCACAAGGUGCACGGGCUUGCUGAGUACCGCAUCCCUCGUGAAUACGUGCUUCCUCGUAAGCGCGGGCUGCACAUCCCGGAGUUCAAGCAUGUGACCAUCGUGGACAACGUUCGCGGAUUCCAAAGCGGCGUCAGCAGCUGUGGGCACAUGAAGGACAAGCAGCGACUCGCGCGCAUACAUGAUGGCCACAGGGGCGCCCUCUACGGAGCAUUCUCUCAGCUGAAUCAGCACAGCAUCCUUACCAACAGUCCCAGCUCAGUGUCGCCGAGUUUCCCACCGCAUUCGGAAGUGUUGGAGCCAAUCAACCAGCUGUCGAGAUGGCAAAGCUACAAUCCUCGCAGCACUUCGUGCCUCGAGAAGACCCACUCCUUCGGCCAAUCUUCGCUGAGCCCGCGUUCUCCUACGUGUUCGCAGGAGCGUAACGCGCUGCUACUGGACCGCUUCUGCAGGUCCAACGAGGAGCUGCUGAGCUCGUUCCCAAUCGACCAAACUGCCUCCGAAAGCUGCGAAAAGGUUAAAAACAUGCGGUGGAGUGAGGAUAGAUUAGAUCAAACAACUUCCACCGACGGUAACCUUAGGACCCAAUCGUCCGCGUUCCCGAUGUUAUUCCCGGACGAGCUGUCGAGCGUGAACACGCAAAACCCAAGUUUCGGCGUUGAUGGCAUCACCACGAAAUCUGAAGCCUUCUCGAACCCUUUACGGCCUACCUCGAAUAAGGAUAAAUCCUCUGACGCCAUUGGUCGCACUUCGCUACCGUGGUAUGAUCGUAUGCCGUGCGGCGAAUCCAACUCCACGUCAAAGAAACCCUUGGCUGCCAGCACCAUCAAGAGCCUCAACACGAUGUUACAGCGCUCUCUUCGGAUGGAUGAAGCGCGUGACGCCGCCGCCAAGACUGGCGGUAACCCGCUGCAGCGCGAGUCGGCGCAGCCGUCGAGAGCAGAGCGCCCCGGUGGGCCGAACGUGGAGCGAAAUGCGGGCGGCUGGAAGGAUGCCUCUUCAGUGCUCCAUGCGUUAUCACUGCAGUGUAUGAGCGAGGAGGAGGAUCCGGUCAAGGGCGCCGAGCCGAAGGAGGUGAAUUCCAGCUUGCUGGACUACGUGUACCGCACGGUGGCGCAGCAGUGUCAGCUGAUCGCCGGCAAGUGCGUGCAGAAGGCGGACAACCAGGCCAACAUGAACGAAAUAUGCAAGGACACGUACAACCUCUGGCAGCUACUGACGAGCAUCCGCGGGAUGCUGUACGACGGCGCCCCCGUUGUGCCGAGCACUCCCGCCGAGGAGACGUGCAAGAGCGAGGCUGAGGAGGAAGCCAACCAGUGGAGCGCCGUCAGCGGUUUCUAUUGCGAGCUCGUCGACUCCGAAGAGGACAGCUCCUCAUCUGCCACGUCCAGCGAAAGCGACGAGACGGAGUAG